AUGGCUUCUUUGGAUAUAUCUCUUGAUGAUAUGAUAAAGAACAGGCGUAGUAGUGACAGAGGUAGAGGACUAGGCAGGCCUCGACGUGGUGGAGGGCCAGGUCGGUCAUUUAGAGGUGGAAGAACAACGGGGACUCAACCUAGAGGCCCACUCAGCUUAAAUGCUCGACCAUCAGUCUACACCAUUGCCAAGUCUGUCCGCAGAACCAAGAAUUUGCCAUGGCAGAAUGGUCUGUUUGAAGAUGGUCUUAAAGCAGCUGGAUUAUCAGGAUUAGAAAAUGGUACAAAGAUAUUCAUUUCCAAUUUGGACAUUGGGGUGACGAAUCAGGAUAUAAGGGAACUCUUUUCUGAGAUUGGGGAGCUGAUACGAUAUGCAAUUCACUAUGACAAAAAUGGGCGACCUAGUGGUUCGGCUGAAGUGGUUUUUGCCAGAAGAAGUGAUGCAUUCAAAGCACUUAAGAAAUAUAACAGUGUCCAAUUGGAUGGGAAGCCUAUGAAGAUUGAGAUAAUUGGUGUCAAAGCAGAAAUCCCUAUUUCAGCUCACGCGAAUGUAGUUGGAAGAGCAAAUGGAAAAAGUACAGUUAUCAUGGUGCCUCGACAAGGUUAUCCCACAAGCAGCUCUAUUGCUUCCAAUCGUAGUUAUAUUCAGAGGGGCCGUGGUGGUUCAUACAGUGGACGGGGAGGAGGACGUGGCCGAGGCCGUGGCCGUGGCCGUGGUGGAGCUCGUUGGAUUAAGAAAAAUGUGGAUAAAUCAGCUGACGAUCUUGACAAGGAGCUGGAGAGCUAUCAUGCAGAAGCGAUGCAAAUUUAG